CGCCGGGAACGGAAGCUCGAAGUCUGUGGGUGCUACUCUAAAAGCCAUCCUCCGUUUCCGCGCCGGAAACUGCAACUCCCGCAGCGGAAGAGGCUCGACCUCCGACCCGCCAUGUCCACUAACAAUAUGUCGGACCCACGGAGGCCGAACAAAGUGCUGAGGUACAAGCCCCCGCCGAGCGAGUGUAACCCGGCCUUGGACGACCCGACGCCAGACUACAUGAACCUGCUCGGCAUGAUCUUCAGCAUGUGCGGCCUCAUGCUCAAGCUGAAGUGGUGCGCUUGGGUCGCCGUCUACUGUUCCUUCAUCAGCUUUGCCAACUCCCGGAGCUCUGAGGACACUAAACAGAUGAUGAGUAGCUUCAUGCUGUCCAUCUCUGCCGUGGUGAUGUCAUAUCUGCAGAACCCUCAGCCCAUGACGCCCCCCUGGUGAUGUCAGCCUAGGACCACUCUGUCCACCUUCCCCCAGGCCUGGCCCCUGGCUGCCCAGCCUCCUGCC